UGAAAUGACGCUCAUAACGGACUGCUGGGGCCUGGAUGGCAUAAUAAUUCUAACAAUUCUCAUUAUAACCGCCUACCUUUACAUGACUCGCAAUUUUAAGUAUUGGAAAAAACGGGGCGUGUUGGAAAUAACGCCAACACCUUUCGUGGGCAAUUUUAUGGAAUGUUUACUUCUAAAGAAAGCCUCGGCAUAUUUCCUAAAAGAACUGUAUGACCGAGCGAAGGGUGAACCUUAUAUAGGUUUCUACAUUCUCGACAAACCUAUUUUAUUGAUCCGCGAUCGCGAAAUCAUUAAGAACAUCUUGAUAAAAGACUUUAAUAUCUUCUGUGAUCGAUACGCCACGGGUGAUCCAAAAGACCGUAUUGGAUACGCCAGUCUCUUCUUUAUUAAUAAUCCUGCUUGGAAGAUUGUAAGAACAAAAAUAACACCAUUCUUUACAUCCGGUAAAUUGAAAAAAAUGUUUGGCUUAAUGCUGGAAUGUGGAAAUCAUUUAGAUGAGUACCUCGACUCAUUAAAAUUAGUUGAUGGUAAGGAACAAAUAAUAGAUGCGAAGGAUAUAAGCUCUAAAUUAACCAUGGAUGUGAUCAGCAGCACUGCUUUUGGACUCGACGUGAACACGUUCAAAAAUCCAAACAUUGAUUUUCGCAAAUAUGGCAAGAUGAUAUUUAAGAAUAAUUAUAGGCGUGCUUUGGAGAUGCUUUCACUAUUCUUCCUUCCAAACAUAGUUCGUAUAGCUCGUCUAAAAUUGUUCGGUGCGGAGAGCACCGCUUUUUUGCGCAAGCUCUUCUGGGAAACAAUAACUAAACGUAUGGAAUCCGGCGAGAUUUCAAAAAGACACGAUCUUAUUGAUAUUCUGAUCGAACUCAAGAAAAACAGCCGUGGUGAUGAAAUAGAAGGCUUUGAAUUCGAUGGGGAUGAUCUCAUAGCGCAAGCGGUCAGUUUCUUCUCAGCCGGUUUCGAUACGUCCGCAGUACCUAUUGCUUUCACGUUAUACGAACUCGCAUUACAACCUGAUAUUCAGAACACCCUAAGAAAAGAAAUACACCAAGCGCUCAACAAUUUCAAUGGAAAAGUUACAUACGAUAUGAUCACGUCGCUACCGUAUAUGGAUAUGGUGAUGUCGGAAAUUUUAAGAAAAUAUCCACCAGUGGGAUUUCUGAAUCGCAAGACAAUGGAGACUUACCAAAUACCGAAUUUUAAUCUAGUACUUGAGAAGGAUAUGCCGGUUUAUAUCCCAAUGCUUGCUCUACAUUAUGAUUCGGAAUAUUUUCCUAAUCCUGAAAAAUUCGAUCCAGAGCGAUUCAAUGAAGAGAACAAACGUAAUAUGCCAUCAUGCGUUUACUUCCCUUUUGGAGACGGUCCACAUGUGUGCAUAGGUACUCGCUUUGCAUUUUUACUGAUGAAAUUGACGCUCAUUAAAAUAUUGAAUAAAUAUGAAGUAACACCAUGCGAAAAAACUAUGAUACCAAUGAUCAUUGACCCAACAAUGGUUAUGACAGCACCGUUAAAUGGCGAAAUAUAUCUCAACAUGCGAAAAGCUAAUACUGUUACUGAUUAAAAUUUGACAAAAUAAUAUUGAUAUAUUAUGGUAUAAUCACAUUUUUGUAUUAACAUUGUACCAUUUACAGGCUAAUCU